AUGGACGCCAUUAUUUAUAGGGGACCAAGCACCGUGGAAGUCCAGAAAAGGCCCAACCCAAAUAUGCAAGCCCCCACUGAUGCUGUUGUGCGCCUACUCCGCUCCUCAAAAUGUGGCACGGAUCUCCAUAUCCUCAAGGGCGAUGUUCCGAAUGAAAGCCCGGGUGGGAUUUCGGCCAUGAAGAAGCGGGAUUUGUGGAAGAACUAG